CUCUUUCUCUUCAAGGCUCUUUUGUUCUCCUUCUUUUCCAUAUCUUAAAACCAGUCAUGGCAACGAGAAGAACCUCUCAAGACACCUCCAAAAGGCACCUCCAUUGGACCAUAAAAGUCGGAACCGAAGAAAACCAAGCCCGGUCUUUCAAGUCCGAGGAGGAAGAGACCAACGGAAGAAGAACAGCUCUUAAAACCCAUGCAAUUUCCCUGCCGACACCGCGGAAGAAGAAGCUUCCUUCAGCCGCCUCGGUUUCCAUCGCCAGGCUACGAUCCGUCGUGUCGGAUCUUCGGAGGAGCCGUUCGGGGCUGCUGUUCGGCCUCGGUUCACGAUUGAUCGGCACUCUCUUCGGUUACCGCCGUGGACACGUUCAUUUCGCUUUGCAGAAAGAACCCAAUUCCCCGCCGGCGUUCCUCGUCGAACUCGCCACGCCGAUAAGCGGUCUGGUCCGAGAAAUGGCGUCCGGGCUGGUCAGGAUCGCCCUCGAGUGCGAUAAACGCAGAGAAGGAGACCGUAACGUGAGGUUACUCGAAGAGACCGUUUGGAGAACGUAUUGCAACGGAAAGAAAUGCGGGUUCGCAACCAGAAGAGACACCGGAGCUAAUGAACGUACAAUUCUUAAAGCCGUGGAACCAAUCUCCAUGGGAGCCGGAGUUCUACCGGCGACCGAAGCCGAAGGUGGCGAACUCAUGUACAUGAGAGCCACGUUCGAGAGAAUCGUGGGGUCGAGAGAUUCUGAAGCUUUUUACAUGAUGAAUCCCGACAGCAACGGUGCUCCUGAACUUAGUGUUUAUUUGCUUAGAGUUUGAUGCUUCCGCCAUGGAAGAUCUGAGAGCUAAUCUUCUAGUUUCUGUUCAAGGUUUGCUUUGUAGGGGAGAAAUCGGAAGCUUGGGUUAUAAUUUUACUAGUGGUUUGGGUUAGUUUAGGUGAGAGGAGGGAAAUUACAUUAUAACAUGUUGACGAUGGUAGGUUGGGGUCUUAAAGCUGUGUAUAUGUAUUGACUUUGUUUUUUUCUUCCAUGUUUGAU